UAGGACGACAAUGACGACAGCGACUUGUGAGGUCGCGCCUCCCCGGAACAUGGCUGUCGUCCGGGGCCAGCGGCCAUAAUUCAACCGGGAAUGGGAGACUUCGCGUAUCCUGCCGCAGUCACAUUUCUAGCCCCGGCCACGCAAAUCGGACGUUAGCAUUCAACCAAGGUCGUAAAGCUUCCACAUUCCAUCCGAGGAAGAUGGCGGACUUCUCUCCCGUAUUACCGAUGCGGGAUGGAGGAGCGGCAGGAGGACGAAUGGGCCAGCCUAUCUUCCCCCGCUCGAGGUCCGGUUCCGAGUCGGACAGCGAACUCUCCCAAAGCCUGGCUCGGACUAAGAUCCGUUCUUACGGGAGCACGGCGAGCGUCACGGCCUCUCUCGGGGAGAAAUUCAUCGAGCAUCGGGUUACGGACGGCGACACUCUGCAGGGAAUUGCCCUCAAAUAUGGGGUAACGAUGGAGCAGAUCAAGAGAGCCAACAAGUUGUUCAGCAACGACUGCAUCUUCCUCAAGAACAGCCUCAACAUCCCCGUGGCGCUGCCCAAGCGCUCCAUUUUUAACGGACUGUCCCUGGAGUCUCCCGACGGGGACGGCGAAGCGGCGUGUCAGGAGUCGGCGAGCCCGCGUGGCGCGUUCCGGGACGUCGAGGGACCUUCGCCGGCGUCCUCUCCCCCGCCCCCGCCCCCGCCCGAAGACUCCAAAACCACCCGCCCCCUAGCGGAAGAGCUCUCGGCCAAAGACUUCUUACAAAGACUGGACUUGCAAAUCAGACAGUCGAAGCAAGCGGCGCGCAGGCUGAAAGAUGAGGAAGCGAGGAGCAGCGAGGGGAACGCCACGGCGCCCGCCUCGUCGUACCAGGAAAUAUAACGGACCGUUUUUGCUUCCCUGGACCGUGCUCGCUUUUUUACUUUCUUGCUUGUUAUGUUUGCCUUUUAUCUAUUAUGGAUAUGCAAGUGUUAUGUGUAUGAUUUGGGAGACAGACGGCAUAAGGAGAGCAUCUUUUUUUUUUUUUUUUUUUUACAGAUAUUGUCAUUAUCUAUUUAUGUACUGCUGCUGUAUAGACCGCGCCCAGCUGCACACACGCUCAACAGUAUUUAACUCCCAGGUAAUAGACUGCAGUCUUUAUAGUCAUGUUAUUCGUUCCCCGAAAGCAUUUUCCUCACAAUCAGAAGGGAUGCCUGUAUUUUUUGAGCGCAUUAUUUAUAUGUGUGGAGACAUUUUUAAGUGCUGUUGAGUUUUAUCAGUUUUAUUGUUUGGCCAAAAUAAAAAAUAAAAUAAAAUAAAAUACACUCAACAAAAAUGUCC